AUGAUACUUGGUAGAGCUUGGAUGCACCGAUAUAGGGCUAUCCCAUCAAGUUAUCACCAAUACGUGAAGGCAAAGUUGGGAAAGCGCACAGUAACCAUAAAUGCGUCUGAAAAGCCAUUCGAAGUGGAGAAGGCAUACUAUUCGGAUGUAGUUUUCUUUACUGAGUUGUCAACGGAUGAAACUCCAAGGACUGGUAAAAUUGCAGGGGUAAAAUUGCCGAAAUGGGAAGGCAUUCGAGAUGCAAAGACUGCUCUAGAAAGUAGUGGGCAGAAGAAGAGCAGCAAGUCCACAAGUCCUCUGCCCAAGAUUGUCAAGCGGUACAGUGACGUCUUUGCUUGGAUAUACGAAGAGAUGCCUGGUCUUGACCCAUCCCUUGUCACUUAUCAUCUGGACACUUUUUCCAACUCUAAGCCAAUCAAGCAGCAUGCUCAAAAGUAUCACCUUGAUCUUGAAGCAAAGAUUAAGGUAGAGGUAGAAAAGUUGCAGAGGGCCAAGUUCAUUGAGCCUAUACAAACUAGAAAAUGUGGAGCUGGCAUAACGCUAACUAGUCACGAAGGAGAGAAGUUUCAUCUAUCAUAUAACCUUGACUUCAAAUGUUCAAACAACGAGGCUGAAUAUGAGGCGUUGAUAUUGGGUCUAAUUGCUGCCCAAAAGAAGGGCCUCCGCAAGUUGAAAAUUUGGGGCGACUCCAAGCUAGUUGUCAAGCAAACAAUGGGUGAUUUUGCCUUGAAGGAGCCUCUGUUGGCCCCAUAUCGCAUCGUAGUUCAAAGGUUGCUCACUCAGUUUGAUAAUGUCCAAAUCCAGCAUACCCCUCGAACACAUAACCGUUUCCCCGAUGCCUUGGCUACACUGGAGGCAAAGGUGGAUAUACCAGAUGAUAGUAUAGCCAUUGUCAUCAAGAAAAUAACAACACCAGCAGUGUUAGCCGAAGAACAUACAGAGUAA